UUCUUUUGUGGGCGGGGUCUCGCUUUAAGCCAAGUCUAGUAAACUGUUCUCCUAAUUAGGAACGGUCUGGCGCGGGCGGGGCGAGGAGCGGAGACGGCCCGGUGUGCGCCUGCGCCGAGUGCCGGGACAGGGCGUGUUCCUCGUUCGGGUGCUCGUUUUGCACAGACCGAGUGCAUCUCUCGCCGCCGGAGUGAGCCCUGCAGGAGCCUGUUGUUUCCACGCGCAGCCUGUUAGGUGCAGCCCUCCGCAGUCAUGUCCAAGUCUCUGAAAAAGUUGGUGGAGGAGAGCCGGGAGAAGAACCAGCCGGAAGUGGACAUGAGUGACCGGGGCAUCUCCAACAUGCUGGAUGUCAACGGCUUGUUCACCCUGUCCCACAUCACGCAGCUGGUCCUCAGCCACAACAAGCUAACAACUGUGCCACCGAACAUAGCAGAACUGAAGAAUCUGGAAGUGCUUAACUUUUUUAACAACCAGAUUGAGGAGCUGCCCACGCAGAUCAGCAGCCUUCAGAAACUCAAACACCUGAACCUGGGCAUGAAUAGACUCAACACUCUGCCUCGAGGAUUUGGAUCGCUCCCAGCUCUGGAGGUCCUUGAUUUGACUUAUAACAACUUGAAUGAAAAUUCUCUUCCCGGAAACUUCUUCUACCUGACCACCCUGCGUGCACUCUAUCUAAGUGACAACGAUUUUGAAAUCCUGCGGCCUGAUAUUGGGAAACUCACGAAGUUGCAGAUACUCAGCCUCAGGGAUAAUGACCUGAUCUCGCUGCCUAAGGAAAUCGGGGAGCUUACUCAGCUUAAGGAGCUCCACAUUCAGGGGAACCGUCUGACUGUUCUGCCCCCAGAACUAGGUAAGGUGGCUGAUGAAUGGUCCGAGUUCUGGCUUUAAUUCAUAAUAAUGAUC